UGUUCUAUGCAUGGAGGUAUCUUACCUCCAUGGAUCUAUGACUUGUUUUUAUAUCUUUGAAACGUUUAUGUAUGUGGUGUUUACAUUACACUGCCCAAGAUGUGGUGGUGCUGUUGAAGAGAGAUGUCUGUUGGCGUAAAUUUAAGUCAGUUUGCUAGAAAUAGCUCUGUUUCCUUACCAGUUCCUUCUGAGACGAAGAGACAGUUAGUUGACGAUGAAGAGAAGAAUGAAGGUCCAUCCAGAAGUGCGAAGGAGAAAAGAGUCCAUCCGCCGUCGUAUGACACUCCGAAAAUUGCUACAUUGACAGAAAAUCAUUCGCAACUAUCUUCUGUGAAGUCUGAAGCAGAUGUGGAAAUCGAUGAGAGUGAUGUGUAUGUUGACUGUGAAGCUGGUGAUAUAAACAGUUGCCAUUCGUACAAAUCCCAGUCCGUCUCUGGGCUUUCUAGAUCAGAGAUUCAGGCACAGAAAUCGAAGAAAAAUGGGCUUACAGCCCUGGAGAAACAAGUGCUUGGUCUGAAGCAACAACAUCCUGGAAUGAUUCUCAUGAUACAAAAUGGAUACAAGUACCACUUUUAUGAAGAAGAUGCUGAGAUAGCUUCAAAGCUGCUGGAAAUUGCAACAUUUCGUCUUCAUAAUUUCCUGCAGGCAUGCGUACCUGUAGCUCGCCUAAAAUAUUAUGUCUACCACUUUGUAGAGAAAGGUUAUAAAGUGGGAGUGGUCAACCAGACUGAAACUACUGCACUGAAGGCAGCUGGAGAAAACAGGAAUGCCCCAUUUUCAAGAGAACUAAGCUGUGUUUACAGUCGAGCCACAUUAAUUGGUGAUGAUGUAAAUCCGCAGGCCUUUGAAGGAAACUGUUUGAUGAGAGAGAGAAAGCCUUCGUGCAUUCUUUCUCUGUGUGAGGAUAACACUGGAAAUAAAACAACUAUAGGAAUUGCAACAUUUGAUCCCAGCACUGGUGAGGCUAUAUAUGACUCAUUUGAUGAUCUGAAAACAAGAGAAGAACUUGAAAAAAGAUUAGCUCAUCUAAAUCCUGCAGAAAUACUGAGUCAAGAAACACUCAGCACAAGCACCGAAACUUUAUUAAAACAUAGCGGAGCAUGUCUGGAUCGACUCUCAGAUGAAGAAUAUGAGUUUUCAAAAGCAUUGGCUGUCGUUGCCGUAUUUCUGAGCAGCCCAAAUGACAAACCAAUAGGCUAUUCUGAACCAGUGUUGACUUUGAAUGAAUUAACACCAGUAGUGAUCAGGGCUCUGGGUGCAUUGUGGCAGCAUCUGGCACAAUUUAAACUUCAGGAUGGAAUGAGUGCUGCAAGGUUAACAAGUUUUACAUCGCUGGAAAAGCACUUGCAGUUGAGUGCAGCAGCCCUUCAGAAUUUGGAGGUUUUUGCAAGCAGUAGUGGUGAUGAAAGAGGGUCCUUGUUAUCAAUAAUGGAUCAUACACGAACUGCAUUCGGGAAAAGAUUAUUGGAACAAUGGCUGUCACAACCUUCCCGUGAUAUUUCAGAACUCCUGAGGCGGCACGAUGCCGUGCAGGAGUUGAUCAACCCUAACUGCAGAGUUACUCCUCUACUAGGUGACAUUCUAAAAGGCCUUCCAGAUCUAGAUAGAGGACUUACAAAUGUAGCUUAUCACAGAUGCACUACCAACAACUUCUACCGAUUGAUAGAAGCUUUGAGUUUUAUUUAUCAAAGCUUGGAAGUUAUUGCAGUUGUUACAGAAGCCUAUGUUCAAAGUUCUUUAAUAAGGGAACUAAUAAUUGACAUAACUGUACAGCUCAGUGAUGUAAAGGAAAUUAUGAACAUUUUGAACCCUUCAGCAGCCAAGAUUGGUGACAAAACAUCAAUUUUAAAUGAUUAUUCAGAGUUCCCAAAUGUUUUGAGGACCAAGACAGAAAUCAAGGCACUGGAAAAUGAGCUGGAUGAGUUGCGACCAUCCAUUGCAGAAACUUUGGGAGUGCCUUUGUUCUACUAUAUUACAGUUGCUGGUCAAGAAUAUUUGAUACAAGCCAAGAAGGAUGUGCAAGUGCCUCUUGACUGGAUCCUUGUCAAUCAGACAAAGACCUAUCGACGGUACCGUUCCCCACAAGUUAUAUCGAUUUUGAAGCAGUUGUGUCAGCUACGUGAAAAAGUAGAAGCUGAUUGUGAAGAAGCUUGGAGAAAUGUGGUGGACCAGUUUAACAAAGAUUACAUAAGACAUAAAAAAUCUAUUAAAAAUCUUGCAGCCUUAGAUGUAUUGUUAUCAUUUUCAGAAGCUGCCAAGCUCAGUGAUUACUGCAGGCCAAAGCUGACUGAAUCAGUAGAAUCAGAAAUUCAUAUUAAGAAUGGACGACAUCCUGUUCUAUCAAGAAUUAUGGAAGAAUCUGGACAUUUUAUUCCAAAUGAUUCUUAUCUAAAGAGCUCUGAGCCUAUGGUGCUGUCAGGACCUAACAUGGGAGGCAAAUCUUGUUAUGUUCGCCAGGUUGCACUGUUAGUCAUUAUGGCACACACCGGCUCAUUUAUACCAGCUGAGUAUGCCACUAUCAGCAUUCUUGAUGCCGUUUAUGUAUGGAUGGGUGGAGGAGAUAACAUUUUGCAAAGGAAGAGCACAUUUAUGGUUGAAGCUGAGGGAGCAUCAAAUAUCUUGAACCAAGCAACAACCCAGUCGUUAGUUAUAAUGGAUGAAUUUGGGAGAGGUACAAGUACUUAUGAUGGAGCUGCUCUGGCUGCAGCAGCUUUGAACUACCUCAAAUCCAAGGUUGGCUGUCUACUACUCUUUGUAACACAUUACCCUGAGGUGAUGGAAACUGUACCAGACUGCAACUACCACAUGGGAUACCACAUAGUAUGUGAAGAUGAAGAAGCUGAAGGAAAGUUAAUAUUCCUGUACAGUGUUAUGAAAGGAGGAGCAAGCAGCAGCUAUGGCUUAAAUGUUGCCCGCAUGGCUGGUAUUCCAGGAACCAUAAUAAAAAUAGCAAAAGAUUUUGCUGAGAGAGUAAGAGCUCAAAGAAUCAUCAAAAGAGAGAUGAGGGGGCUUCUACAGAAUAUAUGGUCUGACGAUGAGGACGAAGUAAAUAACGCUCUCAAUGAAAUUGCUGACCUUCAUGUGCCAUGGAAACAGCACCAUGAUGCAGUUGAUACAUGCUGAUGCCCUUCAACAAUGAAGAGUUUGGAAUGUUAUCAGAUAGUUUUAUCUCUCAUUAGGGAAGGAAUUUCUGUUCUUAUGGAUGCAUGUUAACUUCUACGAAAAAGUGUUUUUUUUUUUUUUUUAAAGAACUGGAAUGUCAUUAUCGUAUUUUAUGAUAUAUGUAUGGAUUAUUAAGGAAAAUAUUAUUAAUUUAGAAAGAAAAAGAUGACAGAAUAUCUUGCAAGUCAGUAAAUAAAUUAUAUGAAGUUUUACAUUCUUAUCAUAACUGACACAGUCUUGCGAUGAAAAAAGUUGUUACUCUGCAAGAAAAUGAAAUAUGGCAUGGUGAAUUAGCUGGUAUGUACAUCUCAGAAGUUAUCACUGUUUUAAUUGGUUUGUUUUAAGGAAAAGUUUAAUAAUAAAAGGAAAGAAGUGGGAGAACAGUUGCUAAUAACAUAUCUAAAUCUGUAACUUCUCUUUGACUGUAGAAUGCUGAAUGAGGGUUCUGGCUGUGGACAGCCUGGGAAUUUUGUAUAGUGGUACAGUAUCAUUUUCUGUGUUAUAUCUUUUGUCGUUCCCUUCUUCCCAUUUUUUAUUUUAAAAUUAUAUUUUUAUAUUUAUUUGCUUUUAUUUGUCAGUUCUUCUUAUUCUAUAGUCGAACAGCGGAAAAUCCAGAAUGGAAUGUAACAAUAUUAUGAAAAGGAUAGUUGCUUCUCAUCUUAUAGUGGAGAUGGUGGAGAUGCUGAGUUGCAGAUAGGCACAACAAAAAGACUAUCACAGAAGUAAAAAGACUGGGUGCAUUGGUGGAGUGCUGUAAUGGGAAGGGGCUUGAUGGUUGAGGACAAUAACUAGUGAGGUUGAGGCCAGCAGGGUUAUGGGAACCUCCUGGCUGCACCUAGCUGCCCUACCCUCUCUCCACCUCGUCCCUGCACACUCGCCAGCUGCACUUUACUGUCCCCCACCCCUACCCGUUUCUCUCUCCCUCUCUCUGCCCCAGCCUUCACCUUAU